UUUGUAUAUUUUUAAUGCCGAUAGUUAUCGGUUUUGAAGGGAGCGCUAACAAGCUUGGUGUUGGCAUUAUUAAAGAUAAUGCUAUUUUAGCAAACAUGCGUCUAACGUACAUAACUCCUCCGGGGGAAGGUUUUCAACCUAGAAAUGUAGCUAAGCAUCACAGGAAAAAAGUACUACAAUUAACUAAGGAAUGCUUAACUCAAGCUGGUCUAAAACCAAAAGACUUGGAUUGUUUAGCUUAUACUAAAGGCCCAGGCAUGGGGGGCCCAUUAGUUUCUGUUGCGGUGGUUGUCCGUACUUUAAGCCAACUAUGGAAGAGGCCGAUAGUAGCUGUUAAUCAUUGCAUUGGACACAUUGAAAUGGGAAGAAAAGUUACUGGAGCUCUUAAUCCAAUAAUAUUAUAUGUUUCUGGAGGAAACACACAAGUUAUUUCCUAUUCAAAAAGUCGUUAUCGUAUUUUUGGAGAGACAAUUGACAUCGCCGUUGGGAAUUGUUUGGACCGAUUUGCUCGGAUCUUACGAUUAUCCAACGAUCCAUCUCCGGGCUUCAAUAUUGAACAGGAAGCUAAAAAGGGUAAAGUUUUAGUUGAUCUGCCGUACACCGUGAAAGGCAUGGACGUCUCCUUCUCUGGAAUUUUGUCUUACGUGGAAGCAAAAUAUAAAAAACUUAUCGAAACAUCCGAGAUAUCAGUUGCGGAUCUUUGCUUUUCUUUACAAGAAACCGUCUUUGCGAUGCUUGUUGAGGUUA